AUGAACACUGAGGACAAGUUGGAGGGCAUGCUGCUCAAAUGCAGCAGUGGGGGAAUAGACGGGGGCGGGAGGGUGAGCCUGGGCGGCGGCGGCGGGCUGGUGGUAAUGACCCUCGGAGAGCGGUCUCUAGCAAACCAUCCCCUGCUGGCCGAGGACGACGAUGAAGAUGAAGACGACGAAGACUUGACGGGAGGCUCGCUGGUCACUCACGACCUGGUCCCUCCGGAGCAGCUGAUGAUGCAGGAGGAACUGACAAAGAACGGUGGAGCAGGAGGAGAGGAGGAGGGAGGAGGCGAGCUGAGCAUCAAGCAGGAGCUGAAGCUGUCUGACCCCGCGGUCCAUUUAAAGAAGGACAAGAAACCAAUUAAGGAGAUGAUGGUGUGUCCCAAGAAGAAAAAAAGGAAGCAGCGCUCCCCAGCCAAGAUUCUCAGCAUGAAUGAUGAUGGAUCUUUGGGCGCCCCAAACCCCAAAUGUCACGUUUGCGUUCACUGUAACGCUGCCUUCAGAACCAACUAUCACCUGCAGAGGCACGUCUUCAUUCACACCGGUGAGAAGCCGUUUCAGUGCAGCCAGUGCGACAUGCGCUUCAUUCAGAAAUAUCUCCUGCAGAGGCACGAGAAGAUCCACACUGGUGAGAAGCCUUUUCGCUGUGACGAGUGCGGGAUGAGGUUUAUCCAGAAGUAUCACAUGGAGAGGCACAAGAGGACCCACAGUGGAGAGAAGCCCUACCAGUGUGACUACUGCCACCAGUACUUCUCCAGAACCGAUAGGGUCCUGAAGCACAGAAGAAUGUGUCACGAAAACAGAGAGAGAAAAAUGAACAAGAGCGCCGGCAAAGUCGGACCCUCACACGAAGCAGAGUCUUUGGGGUCUCCGUUUCUCCCCAAAGAAUGUUCCCUACCCAAGAAGAAGCGCCAAAAAUGUGCCGAAAAGAGCUCGGGCGGACCCAUUUCUGUCCAGCCAGAAGGAAGCGCUUAUGCUGUUAAAGAACCAGAAGAGAAUGAGGGCCAGAGCCAAGAUAAGAAUGAAAGUCCAUCUCUAUAUGCCGUGUCCUCCAAGGUAAAAGACGAGUAUGUGAUAACGGAUUACUCUGUGGAACUACCUGAGGAAGCAGCCAGCCAGCACGCCGAUGGAGAAAUGUCAUCAGGAGAGACCACCCCACCCAAAAUAGUCCUGAAGAAAGUCCCCAAGAGGACUCUGAAACAGUCCGGUGAGCAAAACCCUCCCUGCCUGCCUACUUUGUCCACUUACGAGGAAAACGAUAAGUACACCUUUGACAUUGUGGACAAGCAGAGCCUUUUAGAGGUGGAAGGCAGCGCGGAGCUGGAAGCGGUGGAAACUCUUCAGGGAGGACCCGCCAAACCGGCGGCCAGCAGCACAAACUACGACGACGCCAUGCAGUUCCUCAAGAAGAAGCGUUACCUGCAGGCGGCCAUGUCCAGCGCCGGCCGGGACUACGGCCUGGCCGCCCAGCCCUCCGUCACGCAGACGGUGGUGUCCACCGUCAUCGACGAGACGGUCCCGGCCACCAUCCUGGAGCCCCAGCCAAUAAGCACAGAGAUAAAGAGCACUCACGACAAGAACGUCUUGCCCGACGAGGUCCUCCAGACGCUGUUGGACCACUACUCCAACAAAGCCAACGGGCAGUCGGACAUCUCCUUCAGCGUGACCGACACCGAGGUCACCUCCAGCAUAUCCAUCAACUCCUCGGACGUUUCGGACACCGGCCCCGUGGAGAGCCUGGGGGUGCCCAGCGCCCCGGCUCAGCCGCCCACUGAGAAAGUCAGCCUCCUGCAAGAGUACUCGAAGUUCCUCCAGCAGGCCCUGGAGAGGACCAGUCAGAACGACAGCUAUCUGACCAGCCAGAGCCUCAGCCUGGUGUCCGAAAACCCCACCUUAGCCGGACAGCCUCUGUUCUCCACGGAGAAACAGUUCCCCUCCCCGAGCCGGUUCAAAUCAGGGAUGAGCUCUCCGCUCCGCUCCACUUUAGAGAAACCUCACUUUGGGCUACUGGUGGGAGACUCCCAGCACUCGUUUUCGUUUUCAGGUGACGAGACCUCGCCCCCCUCCGCGGUGUCCCCGGCCGAGGAGGACUUCAUGGAGCAGGUCUCACCCUCUAAAAAGACUGACUCCUCGGCGGGGAUUCUGCAAACUUUCCAGAUAAGCUCCUUCGAUCACAACUUCAAAUCACAUUUCCAGACGUUGAGAUCUGGGGCCCCCUCGCAGUUUACCGUUGCCAACGGACAAAUGAGUGUCCGAGGACACAGCACAGACUUCUCAGAGUUCCCCCUAGUCCGGGUCACCGAGUCCAGGUCUCAACUGAACUCCUCCCCCGACGUUUCAACCAGUGAAUCGUUUGGCUGAAGACACACGGGGAGAACUCUUCAUUUGUUGAUCAUUUCAGCAGCACUUUAUCAAAUCUCCCCUGUUUUUGUUUUUUUUUGCCAAAUCAUGUCCCAUUUCAAAAUACGUGCUCUUUCUUAAAUCACUUAAAAAGUGGUCAUGUUUUGUUUUUCCUUAACUUAAACCUGUCACAUAAAACGCGCGACCACAUAUAAAACCGUGCUACAGUUCACAUUUCCCUGUUGAAAAAGGCAUUUCCUGUCCUGGAAUGUACAGCAUCCUAAGAGAUUAAGUGACCAAAGUGUAAUGCAGGAGUUUUGUAAAUAUUCUCACACUUUUGCCGCCACAGAGUUUAUUUUUAAUGUCGAUGUCAGUUUGCCUUGCUCAAAACAGAUUCAGCCUCUCUGCUCAACGCAAUAUUUCUACUUCCAACAUGUCGGCUGCGUGUGUGUGUGUUUGCCUUUUUGUUCUUACUGUAGCUACCUCCCCUCGCUGUUUGUUUGCAUUCGUUCUUUAUUCCAGGUGGUUAAUUACAGCAUUAUAACACAACAGCACAAUCAUUCUUUACGUUAUAGUCACUUUAUACUCGAAGCAAAGACAUUUCCACAUCCAGACUGCUGACCU